AUGGGUUUGUUUGAUAAUCUUAAUCGUACUACACAUGAUAAUGGUUUUGCAGUUGGUAGCUCUGGUAAGUUUUAUUCGACUGGCUCUCAGACUUUCAACCACUGGUUGAAUAAUACAAAGUUUGCUGAUACCCUUCGGCAGGCUACCUAUGAUGCGGCAGGUGUUUCUCCUUCUGGUAAGGUUACUGGUAAGCCUUCUGGUGUACUUGGUUCUUUGGCUGCACCUGUUUCUGAUUUGGUCGAUACCGCACAAUCUAAGGUUAACGGCGCUAUUUGGUCUGCAAAGCAAGCUGGUGAGCAGCUUUCCCAGGAGCCUACUGUCAAAGGUUUUCUUGGUCUGGAAGUUGGUAGCUCUGGUAAGUUUUAUUCGACUGGCUCUCAGACUUUCAACCACUGGUUGAAUAAUACAAAGUUUGCUGAUACCCUUCGGCAGGCUACCUAUGAUGCGGCAGGUGUUUCUCCUUCUGGUAAGGUUACUGGUAAGCCUUCUGGUGUACUUGGUUCUUUGGCUGCACCUGUUUCUGAUUUGGUCGAUACCGCACAAUCUAAGGUUAACGGCGCUAUUUGGUCUGCAAAGCAAGCUGGUGAGCAGCUUUCCCAGGAGCCUACUGUCAAAGGUUUUCUUGGUCUGGAAGUUGGUAGCUCUGGUAAGUUUUAUUCGACUGGCUCUCAGACUUUCAACCACUGGUUGAAUAAUACAAAGUUUGCUGAUACCCUUCGGCAGGCUACCUAUGAUGCGGCAGGUGUUUCUCCUUCUGGUAAGGUUACUGGUAAGCCUUCUGGUGUACUUGGUUCUUUGGCUGCACCUGUUUCUGAUUUGGUCGAUACCGCACAAUCUAAGGUUAACGGCGCUAUUUGGUCUGCAAAGCAAGCUGGUGAGCAGCUUUCCCAGGAGCCUACUGUCAAAGGUUUUCUUGGUCUGGAAGUUGGUAGCUCUGGUAAGUUUUAUUCGACUGGCUCUCAGACUUUCAACCACUGGUUGAAUAAUACAAAGUUUGCUGAUACCCUUCGGCAGGCUACCUAUGAUGCGGCAGGUGUUUCUCCUUCUGGUAAGGUUACUGGUAAGCCUUCUGGUGUACUUGGUUCUUUGGCUGCACCUGUUUCUGAUUUGGUCGAUACCGCACAAUCUAAGGUUAACGGCGCUAUUUGGUCUGCAAAGCAAGCUGGUGAGCAGCUUUCCCAGGAGCCUACUGUCAAAGGUUUUCUUGGUCUGGAAGGUACUGUUCCGCCGUCUUCCGGUUCUGGCUCUGGCUCUUUUUCGCCCGUUGCUGCUGUGCCGUCUGAUGGUGGUACCCCUGUUCCUGCUCAG